UUUUCACGGGAGCUGUGGACUUGUGGUGCCGCCAUAAAAGGUAAAGUCGCACAGAACUCGAGUCACUCGACUGUGGAGAGAAGCAAGAAUUACAAAAUAGGGCAAUCAAAUACUGAUCGUCUCCGUUGAUGGCUCAUAAGAAUGCUCACUCUCCCUAGAUAUUAAAACCUCUAAUGCAUGGAUGCGUGUAUGUUACAUUCCCAGAGAAGCAUCCAAAGAAAUCAUCCUGUUAAACAAGCACUCAAGAGCUAAUAUGGGCAAGCAAGAUACUAGAACAGGUGGAGCUACUUCAUCCACUACUGGCCUUCCACAUGAUGAGGAGGUGGCUAAGUUGUUUCAAGCCUUACUGCGAAUAGCUUCCCUCGAGCUUGAGGGCACAAACGGGUUCAAUAGGAGGCUGAAAUUUUUGAAGAUGUUCAUUAGUCUGUCACCCCCGGAGUACGCGGGAAAUCUUGAUAAUUCUUUGGAAGGGCUGGAGUGGUUACGAAGGGUAAAGCAAUGUUUUGAUGUUCUUGAUGUACCUGGAGACCUAAGAGUUGGGUUUGCAGCCUAUACUCUUACUGGAGCGGCUGGCUACUGGUGGGAUUUUGUUAAAAGGACCUGUGAUGUGGAAUCGAUGAAUUGGGAUGACUUUGAGAAGAUAUUUUUGAAUAGGUACUAUCCUGAGUCUUUAAGGCGAGCUAAAGUAGAAGAAUUUCUCAAUUUGACACAGGGGGAAAUGACAGUUUUUCAGUACGAGUCUAAGUUCAUUGAAUUAUCAUGGCAUGCACCUAAUGUUCUGACUUCGGAUAAAGAUAUGGCAGGGAAGUUUUUACGCGGGUUGAGGCCUUCCAUCGGUAUCGGUUUACCUGGUUUUGUGCAUAAUACUUAUCACGAGGCAGUGGAAGCAGCACUGAUGGCAGAAGAAAUUGAAAAUUUCGAGUAUCAGAGUGUGCAAGAGUCAUUUGAGGGAGCUUCUGGUAGAGGGGGAAAAAGGAAAAGGAAGCAGUAUACUUACCACAACUGUGGUCAGCCUGGUCAUAUUCGGCCUCAUUGCCCAUAUAAUCCGCCAUCUUCCUGACUGUAAUAUUGAAGCGAAACAUAUGCCGUCGUUUUUUGAGAGCUUUACUUGUCAAAAUCUCAUCAUGAUGAUGAAAAGAAAGAAUCAAUGAUACGAUGUGCUUGUGCUAGCAGCUAGCCAGUGAUAUUAGUUUUGUUGGUGUUUUGAUAUGCGAGGGAGGUAUGUUAAUUUUUGAUUUUAUAACUCUUGGGUAACUGUCAUGGUUUUUAUUUGUCUGUGGCUUCCUUAGACAUAUGAAAUGGGGAAACUUAAAGUGUGA